AUGGCCAACACUCAAACAUUAAGGGAGCUGGCUGCCCCGGAGCUGACUCACCAGCCCUUAUGCAUCACAUUCCCCACUCUGGCUGAGAAUACUGCUUUCGAACUGAAGUCGGGGCUGAUUCACCUCUUACCUUCUUUCCAUGGUCUCUCUGGUGAAGAACCCCACAAGCACGUUAAGGAGUUCGAGGUGGUUUGCUCUAGUAUGAAACCUCCUGGGGUCACUAAAGAGCAAAUUAGACUGAGAGCCUUUCCGUUCUCUCUCAAGGAUGCAGCUAAAGAUUGGUUGUAUUACCUACCAGCAGGUAGCAUUACCACAUGGGCACAGUUGAAAAAGAAGUUUUUGGAGAAAUUCUUCCCUGCAUCCCGGGCUGCGAGUUUGAGAAAGGAAAUCUGCAGCAUUAAACAGUAUCCCGGGGAGUCCUUGUAUGACUAUUGGGAAAGGUUUAACAAGUUGUGCACUAGAUGCCCACAGCAUCAAAUUAGUGAACAACUGUUAAUCCAAUAUUUCUAUGAAGGACUCCAAUCAACUGAUAGGAGUAUCAUCGACGCUGCGAGUGGGGGAGCACUGGCAAAUAAGACCCCGAGGGAAGCAUGGCUGCUCAUUGAAGCUAUGGCAGAGAAUUCUCAACAGUUUGGCUUCCGUGAGAGUAACCCUACCCGCAGGGUUAAUGAGGUGGAGUCGACAUCUAUUCAGCAACAGUUGUCGGAGCUCACAUCCGUUGUUCGACAAUUAGCUGUGGGGAAUGUGCCCCAAGUAAAGGCCAGUGGAAUCUGUACAAAUAUGGGUCACCCUACUGACUCAUGCCCUAUAUUGCAAGAGAAUGGGGCGGAACAAGUGAACAUGGCCGGAGGCGUGCCCGCGCCUCAUAGGCAAUACGAUCCAUACUCCAACACGUACAAUCCGGGUUGGAGAGAUCAUCCCAAUUUCAGCUAUGGAAAUAGGCCACAAAAUGCAUUCUCCAAUCGUCCACCAGGAUUUCAGCAACCAUGGCAACCGAAACCGCAACCCUCAUCCUCCAACUCGGGAAGUUCCUUGGAGGAUAUUGUCAAGAGUCUGGCUACGACUACCGCCCAGCUCCAGCAAGAGACCAGGUCAUUGACCACAAAUAUGGCUCAACUCCAGCAAGAAACUAGAGCCUUAACCAUGAGCACCACUCAGUUCCAGCAGGACACAAAAGCAGGCAUGAAGGAUAUGGAGGCUCGAAUAAGCCAAAUGGCAACUGCUAUCAAUCGCUUGGAGUCCCACGCUUAUGGAAAGUUACCCUCACAACCUGAAGUAAAUCCCAGGAAUGAAAUUGAAGAGGAAGGGCGUAUUCGCAAGGAUCCUAAGGUAACCUUCACUUCUCCGCCCACUAUUAAAUCUAACUUACCUCCUUUUCCUUGCAGGUUGGAAAAGACAAAGAGGGCAGAGAAGGAAAAAGAAAUCCUGGAUGUGUUCUGCAAAGUUCAAGUAAACAUCCCCUUAUUGGACGCGAUCAAGCAGGUACCCAAGUACGCAAAGUUCUUGAAAGACUUGUGCGUUAACAAAAGAAAGCUAAGGGGUGAUGAAAGAGUGAUGGUGGGAGAGAAUGUAUCAGCUGUACUUCAAAGGAAACUCCCACCCAAAUGCGGAGAUCCAGGUGGUAGGCAUGAAAAAUGAUCUCGCAGGGUGAAUUUCCAGAAGACUUCCCGUUCCAAGGCGUGGCCACGCCUUAGAAGGUGGACGAAACCGAAAGACGGACCGUGGUCCAUGUGGACCAGGCGCAUGGGAUCAAAACUCCAAAAGGGAAAUAGCUUUUGUUAAAUCAACUGGGCCAGACGUUGCUUCCAAAAGAAAAAAACCUCCUGCGGCGGCUAUAAAGAGAUAGGAAAAAGCAAGAUUCAGGGAUUAUCUGUUUUGGAGGCUUAGUUUUCUU